GCUCCGUGGGGCGGGGCUCCGCGAGGACCUCGUCGUGAAGAGAUACUUGGGGAAGCUGAGGCGGUGGAUACGGAAGGGACGUUGCAUCGCGACGGAGGGCCUAGUGAGUGUUUCCCUUCUCUUCUCUAGGCCCUUGGUAACGGCUGGGGGCCAGGGGUCGGACGUCUGCGUUGGCCCAGAAGGCGAUCUGAACACCCGAACUGCGACAGAUUCGGGCCUCUGGACCCGAACGUCGAAGUGAGUUCCCGAGACUAGGCGGCGUCUUGACAAGAUUGAGGACCAGAAAGGGAAUGUGACCUCUCCAAAGUCAUAGCUGGACAAGAAUCCGAGCCUGUAACUGAAGAGACCUGAGAUCUUUCUGUUACGCUUGGGAAACGGGCCCUAAGACUAUCUUCUGGGAAAAAAUGCCUAAAGUCAAAAGAAGCCGGAAAGCUCCCCCAGAUGGUUGGGAGUUGAUCGAGCCAACACUGGAUGAAUUAGAUCAAAAAAUGAGAGAAGCUGAGACAGAACCUCACGAAGGAAAGAGGAAAGUGGAAUCUCUGUGGCCCAUCUUCAGGAUCCAUCACCAGAAAACCCGCUACAUCUUUGACCUCUUCUACAAGCGGAAAGCCAUAAGCAGAGAACUGUAUGAGUACUGUAUUAAAGAAGGCUAUGCAGAUAAAAACCUGAUUGCAAAAUGGAAAAAGCAGGGGUACGAGAACCUGUGCUGCCUGCGGUGCAUUCAGACUCGGGACACCAAUUUUGGGACAAACUGCAUCUGCCGGGUCCCCAAAAGCAAGCUGGAAGUGGGCCGGAUCAUCGAGUGCACGCACUGCGGCUGCCGGGGCUGCUCUGGCUGAACAUCGGGCCCCGACCCCCACCCACCCCAGACUCUGGGCCGCACAGGACUCCGCCCGUCACACCACCCUUUCCUGGGAGCAGCUCUUCCUCAGAGCGGUCCCCAGGCCCGACGAGGGGCAUGGUCUCUCUGUGGGAAGGUUUUGGUGUUCAUCAGCUGUGAUUUGUAGAAAUUAAAAAAAACUAAAGCUUU